AUGGCGGCGCCAGAGCCUUCUCAAGAUACCGCUAGCCUUGUCAAGCGACUUGCUGGUCCAUCCACCACCAAAGCUGGACUUGCUAAGGAUCAAACGGACAUUAAUCGAAUCAUUGCUGAGGCAUCUAAAGGCUCUGCGUUCUAUGAGAAUGAGAAGCGGAAGGAUAAGGAUUUGACAGAGAGAAUAGAGCGGAUACUGAAGGAAAGAGAUGAGGCCCUUCGAGGGGUGGAUCUUCCUCAGCGAGACCUCUCCCAAUACAUCGUUCACGUCGACAUGGACGCUUUCUACGCUAACGUCGAGCUGCUGCACAACCCGGAGCUCGCUGGAAAGCCAUUCGGGGUCGGAAAGGGCAUGUUAACCACGGCAUCUUACGAGGCUCGCAAGUUUGGCGUGCGUUCUGGUAUGCCGGGAUUCAUCGCACAGAAAUUGUGUCCGGAGAUGGUUUUCGUGCCUAUAAACAUGGCACGGUAUAGUGAGAUGUCGAAGAGAGUGAUGAGCAUAUUUAGGCAAUAUGACCCGAAUAUGUUGGCCGCAAGUGUCGACGAGGGAUAUCUCAAUAUCACAGAAUAUUGCAGAGACCAUGGGAUUGACCCUGAGGAGUGUGUGCGCCAGAUGCGACAGCAGGUGGUUGACGAGACUACUUUGACUGUCAGUGCAGGUAUUGCAGCAAAUAAGGUGAUAUGCUCCGACAAGAACAAACCCAAUGGGCAAUUCCGUUUGCCUCACGAGCCGCAGGCUAUAAUCGAAUUCAUGCGCGAUUUGUCCAUACGAAAGAUUCCUGGCGUCGGUCGAGUCAAUGAACGGCUGCUAGAGUCCAUCGGUAUCAAGACUUGUGGGGAUAUCUACACUCACCGCGCCGUACUGUCUUUGAUGGACAAACACUUCGGCCUCGUGUUCAUGUUGCGAACACACUUGGGGAUUGCGUCGAACGUGGUUCAACCUUGGGAGAGGGAAGAAAGGAAGAGCAUAGGUUCCGAACGGACCUUCAACACUCUUGGUGACAAAGACAAGAUUCUGCAGAAGCUGGAUGAGGUUGCGACAGAGCUAGAGGAGGAUAUGGAGAGAGGUGGUUGGACUGGACGGACGGUCACCUUGAAAUAUAAACUUGACACGUAUCAAGUCUUUACUCGUGCAAAGUCGUUCAACCGAUGGAUCACGAAGAAGGACGAUCUCUUCGCGACAGGCAGAGAUCUUUUGCUUCCAGAACUGCCUCUCAAGCUCAGGCUUAUCGGACUCCGAGUCACCAAGUUGAAAGACUUGAAGAAGAAAGAACCGGCGACGGGGAUCAAGCGUUUCUUUGAGUCUGCCGGCACCAGUGGUCCAUCCUCAUCCGCGAAGAGACAGAGAACCAUUCACCAUCAGAUGGAGGGACCGGAAAACGACGAGCUACCUAUCGCUCAAUACUCUGCAGUAGAUGGUGAUGAACAUCCGGUGGAUGAAGACUCUAUGCCUGGAUAUCAUGAAGAGGAACAAGAACUCGAGCUGGAAGGAUGGGAUAUGCAGCCACACGUACAGGACACAUCUAACUUUACGAAGCCUGAUUCUACGGCACCGCGUACCAGACCACGACCACCGAAUUCGGCUCCUGGACCCUCCUCACAACCUCUGGACGUCAGCGCCUCUCGUUCAGCGAAGCCGCACAGCACAAUAACAUCGUCGAACCCUCGCUCGGAUGUUCCUGGACGCACGAGAGUUAGUGUGGCGGACUGGCAGAACGAUCUUACCACCGCAUCCUCGUCCACAGGUGCUCACACGACGCAUCUCACCGAACAGUCUGACAGUGCUGACAUGAUCUGUCCGAUCUGUGGUGAUGAGAAGUUUGCGGAUAAUAUGGCCUUGAAUGCUCACGUUGACUGGUGUUUGAGUAGAGGGGCGAUCCGGGCUGCGCAGGGUGAAGCGAGAGCAGGGAAUGUGAGAGAUGAAGAUGAAGAUAAUGAAACAGACAGGAAGGCGAUGGCAAGCACCAAUGCAAGGACUACGGGAAAGAAAGGAAAACCAGAUGCCAGUCGGAUGAGCGGGGUGGAAUCAGAACAGAAGGAGUGGUGGAAGGUGGGUGUAGCGAAGACUGUGAAGACUUCAAAAGCCAAAGGAAAACCUGGGAAGGCGAAAGGAUAG